AUCAGGGGUGAUACAGGCCAAGUAUUCUUAUUCUGAUACUACUAUAUUGGGCAGGCAAAUUUAGCAUAUCAAUCACAGCACAGUAGCCUUCUCUGCCUCCUGCAUACGAAAUUCAAUAGGCUGAUGAUGCUUUUUGUCAGAAACCAAGGUUUUUGGGAACCCUGCAGCUCAUGGGGGCAGGGGCAGUGGUCUAGGGCUAAGCAGUAAUGUCGGUUAGCCAGCCAAGGGGUGCAGAAGUAAGAAAUACUGGGAGUGGAACUCCCAGAAGCCUGGCCUAUAAAUCAGUGCUUUCUUGAAUUUCAGACAGGGUGUGUAUAUUCAUGUUGUUGAAGAUGCUCCCUAAUACAUUUUAUACUUUUUGUUAUCAUGGGCAAAUUGACAGCCAGAUUUUUCCAGACUUUAGUUAAUUUACAAAUUAGCACUCUUUUUUUUUUUUUUUUUUUUUUUUUUUUGAGACGGAGUUUCGCUCUUGUUACCCAGGCUGGAGUCCAAUGGCGCGAUCUCGGCUCACCGCAACCUCCGCCUCCUGGAUUCAGGCAAUUCUCCUGCCUCAGCCUCCCGAGCAGCUGGGAUUACAGGCACGCACCAUCGUACCCAGCUAAUUUUUUGUAAUUUUAGUAGAGACGGGGUUUCACCAUGUUGACCAGGAUGGUCUCCAUCUGUUGACCUCGUGAUCCACCCGCCUCGGCCUCCCAAAGUGCUGGGAUUACAGGCUUGAGCCACCGCGCCCGGCCUAGCACUCUUUUUUUUAGACGGAGUUUGCUCUUGUUACCCAGGCUGGAGUGCAAUGGCGCGAUCUCGGCUCUCCGCAUCCUCUGCCUCCUGGGUUCAGGCAAUUCUCCUGCCUCAGCCUCCUGAGUAGCUGGGAUUACAGGCAUGCGCCACCAUGCCCAGCUAAUUUUUUGUAUUUUAAGUAGAGACGGGGUUUCACCAUGUUGAUCAGGAUGGUCUCGAUCUCUUGACCUUGUGAUCCACUUGCCUCGGCCUCCCAAAGUGCUGGGAUUACAGGCGUGAGCCACCGCGCCCGGCCACACAAAAUAGCACUCUUAACCUCUUCUUUAUGAUCACCACGGACCAGAACACUGUUUUCUAUCUCUAGGGGGACAUAAGGCUGUUCCACUUUCCCACAAGAGCAGUGUAUAUUUGCUUGGGUGUCUCGGUUUUGUGUGUGUGUGUGUGUGUGUGUGUAUGUGUGUUUUGAGGGGAGUUGUUGCUUAUAAUUGAUGGGGUGCAACAUCCAGGUUCAUGAGUGGGAAUUUUGGGGAGGUCUGGAGUCUCAUGUCAUCUUCUUUACUUCUAACUUCUCAAUAUCCUGCUUUUCUUCAUGCAGGUGACAUGGAGGAAGAAAGAACAACUGCUGAGUUACAGAAAAAUAGGAUACAGGACUCAGUAGUCUUUCAGGAUGUGGCUGUGGACUUUACCCAGGAGGAAUGGGCUUUGCUGGAUCUUGCUCAGAGGAACCUCUACAGAGAUGUGAUGCUGGAAAACUUCCAGAACCUGGCCUCGCUAGGGUAUCUGCUACACACACCCCAUCUGAUCUCCCAGUGGGAACAAGAGGAGGACCUGCAGACAGUGAAGAGAGAACUUAUCCAGGGCAUCUGUGUGAGAGAGCACCAGGAAGGUUUUGAGACUCAGCUUAAAACUAAUGAAUCAGUUGCCCCACCAGAUAUUUGUGGAGAAAAAAUAUCCAAUGAACAGAAAAUAGUAAGAUUCAAAAGGAAUGAUUACGGGUUCUCCAGUUUACAUGAAAACCAGGAAUCCUGUGGUAUUGAUUAUCAGAACAAAAGCCAUGAGAGGCAUUUGAGAAAUCCUAUGGUAGAGAACAUCUAUGAAUGUAGUGAAGAAAAUCAACAUGGACAGACUUUCAGCCAAGUUCCAAAUCUUGAUUCACUCAAGAGAACGACUGAAGUAAAAUCCUGUGAAUGCCACGAGUAUGGAAAGGCCUUCGUGGAUCAUUCGUCCCUUAAGAAUCACAUCAGGUCUCAUACUGGAAGCAAACCCUAUCAGUGCAAGGAAUGUGGGAAGGCCUUCCAUUUUCUUGCUUGUUUUAAGAAGCAUAUGAAAACCCCCACUGAAGAGAAGCCCUAUGAAUGUAAGGAAUGUACCAAAGUCUUCAGUUGUUCCUCAUUCUUUAGGGCACAUAUGAAGCUUCACGUGGGAAAGACGAACUAUGAAUGUAAGGAAUGUGGAAAAGCUUUCAGUUGUUCCUCAUCACUUACAGAACACAAAAGGAUUCAUAGUGGAGAUAAGCCUUACGAAUGUAAGGAAUGUGGGAAGGCCUUCAGUUGUUCCUCCUCACUCUCCAAACACAAAAGGAUUCAUAGCGGAGAUAAGCCAUAUGAAUGCAAGGAAUGUGGGAAGGCCUUCAGUUCUUCCUCUCACCUUAUAAUACAUAUAAGAAUUCACACUGGAGAGAAGCCGUAUGAAUGUAAAGAGUGUGGGAAGGCCUUCAGCGAGUCCUCAAAACUCACUGUACAUGUGAGGACACAUACCGGAGAGAAACCCUACAAAUGUAAGGAAUGUGGGAAAGCCUACAAUUGUCCCUCCUCCUUGAGUAUCCAUAUGAGAAAACACACUGGAGAAAAACCCUAUGAAUGUCUGGAAUGUGGAAAGGCCUUCUAUCUUCCCACUUCCCUUAAUACACAUGUGAAAAAUCAAAGUCGAGAGAAGCCCUACGAAUGUAAGGAAUGUGGGAAGGCCUUUAGUUGUCCCUCAUCCUUUAGGGCACAUGUGAGAGAUCACACUGGAAAGAUACAGUAUGAAUGUAAGGAGUGUGGGAAGACCUUUAGUCGUUCCUCGUCCCUCACUGAACACUUAAGAACUCACAGUGGAGAGAAGCCGUAUGAAUGUAAGGAAUGUGGGAAAGCCUUCAUUAGUUCCUCCCACCUUACAGUACAUGUCAGGACUCACACUGGAGAGAAACCUUAUGAAUGUAAGAAAUGUGGGAAAGCCUUUAUUUAUCCCUCAGCCCUUAGGAUCCAUAUGAGAACGCACACUGGGGAAAAGCCCUAUGAAUGUAAGGAAUGUGGGAAAGCAUUUCGUCAUUCUUCAUACCUUACUGUACAUGCAAGAAUGCACACUGGAGAGAAACCCUUUGAAUGUCUGGAAUGUGGGAAAGCCUUCAGUUGUCCCUCAUCCUUUCGAAGACACGUGAGAAGCCACACUGGAGAGAAACCCUAUGAAUGUAAGGAAUGUGGGAAAGCCUUUGUUUGUCCUGCCUACUUUCGAAGACAUGUGAAAACUCACACUAGAGAAAACAUACAGAUGUAAGGAAUAUGGGAAUGUCUGCAGAGCUUCAGAUCCUAGGCAACUUGUGAGGUCUCAUACUGUGGAGACAACCUAUGAAUGUAAGAAAGUAGGAAAUUGUUGCUUAUUGUUUUGAAGAUUUGAGAAACCUUAGAGAAACCCUGUCUAUGAAAAUCAUGUGCUAAAGCCUUUAUGAACAUCACUUAUUAUGUAUAAGAAAAUUCAUACUAGAAAUGAAGAUCACUGCCUCAUCCUUAAAGUGAACUACUGGCUCGUCGAUUACCAGUGUUUUUUGAUAGGAACAUUUAAGGUGAUAAAUUUACCUUUUCAGUUCUAGCCACAUACUUUUUAUUAUGAGGUGCUUUAAUUUUGGUUCUGAUAUAAAUAUAAUUUCCAUUAUAAAGUCUUUUGGAUCCAUGGAGGAUAUGAAAUAUUUUUUCUGAAUAGGCACAAGUGGUCUUUUUUUAAAAAGUGAUUUCUAAUUAAUGUUCAUUGUUCUUUAAGUGGGUAGUUAUUAUAAUAUUGACACUUUGGUUUUUGUUGGUAUUUUGCUUUUAGUGUGCAUGGCAGACAAUGAAAAUUGCCCACUCAGUAUUUUUCUUGUUCUUUCUUGCUAAGAGCCUUAAGGUUUUGAGAGGAUCAAUUUUUACUAUUAAACACCUUUCUUGUCUGGUGAGUAAUUCAGCAGAAAUUAAUUUAAAAAUUAAUUAAUAUAGGGCCGGGCAUGGUGGCUCAUGCCUGUAAUCCCAGCACUUUGGGAGGCCAAGGCGGGUGGAUCACGAGGUCAAGAGAUUGAGACCAUCCUGGUCAACAUGGUGAAACCCCGUCUCCACUAAAAAUACAAAACAAAUUAGCUGGACAUGGUGGCACAUGCCUGUAAUCCCAGCUACUCAGGAGGCUGAGGCAGGAGAAUUGCCUGAACCCAGGAGGCAGAAGUUGCCAUGAGCCGAGAUCGCGCCAUUGUACUCCAGCCUGGGUAACGAGAGAAACUCCAUCUCAAAAAAAAAAAAUGAAUAUAAAUUAAUUAAUUUUUGUAUUUUGUUCUUUGUCCUUGCUCAUGGCUGGGAAUUGGAUCCAGUGUUUGAGUAUAAAAAUUGUGUUACAUGGCCGGGCGCGGUGGCUCACGCCUGUAAUCCCAGCACUUUGGGAGGCCGAGGUGGGUGGAUCUUGUAUAAGGUCAAGAGAUCGAGACCAUCCUGGUCAAUAAGGUGAAACCCCGUCCCUACCAAAAAUACAAAAAUUAGCUGGGCAUGGUGGUGCACGCCUGUAGUCCCAGCUACUCAGGAGGCUGAGGCAGGAGAAUUGCUUGAACCCAGAAGGUGGAGGUUGUGGUGAACCAAGAUAGUGCCAUUGCACUCCAGUCUGGGUAGCAACAGCGAAAACUCCGUCUCAAAAAAAAAAAAAAUGUGUUACAUUAACUACAUUUCCCAGAAUCACUUUUUUUCUCCAGUUGUGUUAGACUUGUCUAAAGAGUUCAUAUGAGAUGUGGAAGGUAUAAAGGAAGAAAAAGCCAUUAUGCUAUGUUCAGUGGGUCAUCAGACGGAGACAGAGGUAUCAAGGCCUGGUGACCUAGUUUUCAGCUCAUUUUUCUGAUUGUCGGACUCAUUGAUCAAUAUUUGCUCAAAACUGAAUUUGAUAGCUGGGUGUGAUGGUGUAUACCUGUAGUCCCAGCUACUCAGGAGGCUGAGGCAGGAGGAUCACUUGAGCCCAGGAGUUUGAAGCAGCAGUGAACUAUGAUCAUGCCACUGCACUCUAGCCUGAGUGACAGAGUGUUUUGUUCUCAAAACACAACAAAACACUGAACAUGAAAUGCUUGCUUGACUUCAGCGUCCUCUGAGGCAGCAGCUCUGCAGCUAUCACCAUAUACAGCUUCUUGGAUUUUCAGGCAAGCUCUGGGAUUGCCAUUUUGCUUAUGUUGCAGUCUGUCUUACACAGUCCAAUUGCAUCAUGUCACCCUAUUCAUGGGGAAAGAUAUUUUUGCAAGUCUCAAAAGUAAGAGCUGUGGAGAGUGAGAGGAGUUACCCUUGGUAAUUGAGGUAAGCAUCCAUAGGGUGUCAUCCCGUUUUAAUGGAGGAAGAUUUAUACUUCCUUCAAACAGAAAAGAUUUUACUGCUUUUUUUCCUUAAUGUAAGAACAUGAAUUGCUUCAGGCACUUUUAGCUAUAGUAUUAUAUUUUCCUUUUAAAAGUAUAACUCUGGCUGGGCGUGGUGGCUCACGCCUGUAAUCCCAGCACUUUGGGAGGCCGAGACGGGUGGAUCACGAGGUCAAGAGAUCGAGACCAUCCUGGUCAACAUGGUGAAACCCCGUCUCUACUAAAAAUAUUAGCUGGGCAUGGUGGUGCGUGCCUGUAAUCCCAGCUACUCGGGAGGCUGAGGCAGGAGAAUUGCCUGAACCCAGGAGGCGGAGGUUGUGGUGAGCCGAGAUCACGCCAUUGCACUCCAGCCUGGGUAGCAAGAGUGAAACUCCAUCUCAAAAAAAAAAAAAAGUAUAACUCUACUACUAUUAUAGUUUCCCUUUAAAAGUAUUAUUCUACUACUUCCCCUUAAUCACUUUUUAUUUUAUUAUGUUAUACAUACACUAACAUGCAUGAAGUAUGCUAAUCUUCAAUGUACAGCUUGCUGAAAUUUCAUGUAUGUGUACAUCCUAGUAAACAGAGAACAUUUCCAGGACGUUAGGAAAUUCCUUUAUCCUCUUUCUCAGUGACUAAUUACUCCAUAGGGCAACCACAAUUUUGACUCUUAUUAUAAUUGACUUGGUGUAUUUGUUCUUGGUUUUCAUCUAAAUGUGAAAAUAUAAUAUGUACAGGUAUGUGUUUUGGCUUCUUUUGCUCAACCAAAUGUGCAGUUGACUUUUAAUUGCUCUUUUGAUAGAUGUACGGGCUUAUUAAUCUUGCUGUGUGCUGUAUGUGCAGGAAUGAAUUUACUGAUCACAGGGCAGACUUUCAGUUUCGUUUUGGUAGGUAUUCCAGUUUUCAGAAAAAUACUGGUUCCACCAAGAAUCCCCAAAACACUGUGUGAAAGUUGCAGUUGUUUCACACACCUGGCCAGCACUUUCUGAUUGUAGUCAUUCAGCAGAGCAUGCGUUUACCUCAUGUGUAAUGAUUCUGAGUACUUUUCAGUGUGCUUAUUGGCUAUUUGGAUUUUUUUUUGUGAGGACACCUGUUGAAACAUUUCACUGAUUUAUGGUUCUUUUUUCAAAAGAAAAGUUGAAGGGUUUUCUUCUGGUUACGUGUCCUUUAUUGUAUAUAUGUGUAUCUAUAUCUAGGUACACAUGCAUACAUGUGUAUAAACCAUGUAUUAUAUAUUACAUAUAUACAUAAAAUAUGUAUAUUAUAUAUACAUAUAUUACAGAUAACGUUUCCCAGUCUCCAUCUUGUCUUUUCACUCUUUAAAGGGAAUUUGUUGGCUUAAAUAAUUUAUUACUAAAAAGUCCUUGGGUGUAACAAGCUUCAGACAUGGCUAAAUCCUGGGACUAAAAAAAAUGUUAUCUAUUUGAAUUCUGUCUUCCUGUCUUGGCUGUGUAUCCUGUUGCAUUAGCUUUUGUUCCAAGCAGGUUGUCUCUUCAUAGCAGGCCCCAGAAACUCUGGCUGCUUUUUUCCCAGCUUGAAGUCUCAGGGAGAAAAGAGUGAUUGUUUUUUUGAACAGCUCCAAUAUGAUUAUCAGAAUUGAAUCUGGUUGGCUCUGACUGGCUCCCUUGCUUGCUGUACUCUAGUCACUGGCCUGGGGAGUGUAAUACUCUCAUUUGUUUAGGGUUAGUGCCCAUGCUUAUCCAGAUACUGGGUUAGAGUCUACACUGACUGAAUCAGAGUUCUGGCAGUUUUGACACGUGGAGAGGGGAGGAGGCAGCAGUGGGCAGGUAGGACCUAAAAAGAGUGGUAAUAUUGUUAGCUAUCAUGCUGGUUUUAGCAGGAGGUGGGAACUGUGAAAUCUGGGAACUCUGCUAGGGGUUCCUAGAUGGCAUUUUAGAAAAGUCGAAUGUGAUCUGUUAACAUGUCUUUAGAUCACUAAAGAUUACUGCUCAGUCUUUAAUGAGCAUAAAUAUCAACUUGAGAUCUGACACUUGAUUAAGAAUUAUUUGCCUGGACCAAGAUAAUGAAUCUAUUCUCCUAUGUCUUCUUCUAUAUUCUUUAUUGUUUUUAUUUAGAUCUGUGAUCUACUUUCAAUAAUUUUUUUGUAGUGCAUGAGGUAGGAUCAAGGUGUAUGUAUAUGAUUUAUCAAAGAAACUAUACUUUUCCCCUCUGCUUAGGCAAUCUCUGCCCCUUGGUUCAUUUGUCUUUCCUCGCACCAUUACCGUACUAUCUUAAUUUAUGUUGCUUUGUAAUAUUUUUUGAAAUCUGGUAGUGAGAGCCUUCUAGCUUUUUUAUUCUUUAAGAUUGUCUUGCCUUCUGUGUUCCCAUAUUUUCUAAAUUAAUUUUGCAAUCUCAGGAUUAAUUUUCAGAAAUAAAUUUUUUGGUACUGUGCUUGUGAUUGCAUUAACUUUAUAAAACAACCUAAGGAUAAUUGACAUCUUUACAAUAUUGAGUUUUCCAAUUAAUGAAUGUGGUAUAAUUGUUCAUUUACCUAGGUUGUCUUUAACUUUUCUCAACAGUGUUUUAAAGUUUUAAUUGUAGAAGUCUUGAUUUGUUUAAUUUAUUUCUAGGUAUGUGGAAUAUGUUACUUUGUAAAUAUUUUAAAUUUGUUUUUCAAUAUUUUUGGCUAGUACAUAGAAUUGCAGUAUCUUUUUGUAUAUUGACUUUAUAGCUGGUGACAUUUAUAAAUCCAAUUAUUUAUUCAAAUACUUUGUGGAUUAUUUUGGAUUUUUUUAUAUAUAUAAUCCUGUUAAUACCAAUAAAAGAAAGUUUUACUUAA